AUGAUAACGUACCCGUCAGGAGUUGCCAAGUACACGGUCGACCACUUGCCUGUCGAGCUGUGCACGCAUGCUAUCUACGCCUUCGCGGUUCUCGACGCAAAGACCCUCACCAUUGAUGAACACGACGAUCACCUGGACAAGAGUUCUGGUUUGGACAACUACCGCCGCUUUAUUAGCCUGCGUGAACGUAGGCCUGGAAUUAAGUUAUUACUAGCUCUAGGAGGCUGGACGGACUCUCGCAGCGACAAGUACUCUCGGCUGGUGUCGGAGCCGCAGCGUCGCGCCGCCUUCGUCAGCCACGUGGUCUCCUUCCUGCAGGAGUAUGGCUUCGACGGACUGGACUUGGACUGGGAGUACCCGGGAUACGAGAGUUCUCCUCAGGAUAAGGAAGGUUUCCGCCUGUGGGUGGAGGAGCUCCGCACUGCCUUCUCGCCCCGCGGCCUCCUCCUGACGGCGGCCGUAUCCGCGAGGAAGAGUGUGAUCGACCAGGGCUACGACAUCCCCGCCGUGGCGAAGGCGCUGGACCAGAUCCACCUCAUGAGCUACGACUUCCACGGCUCGUGGGAAAGGCGGGUCGCCCACCAUGCCCCGCUGUUCCCCGCCCCCGGCCAGGAGAAGGAGCUCUCAGCUGACUUCGCCGUUGGGCACUGGAUCAAGAGGGGCGCGCCUGCGUCCAAGCUGGUCCUAGGCGUCCCCUUCUACGGCCGGUCCUGGACUCUUGCAGGCGCCAACGCCUCGAGCGGAGCGCCGGCAUCGGGCGCCGGGCGACCUGGCCCUCUGUUGAAGACGUCUGGCGUGAUGUCGUUCUACGAAAUCUGCCUGGCGCAUGUCCGCUUCGGGUGGCCGAAGGUCCAGCACAGGGACGGCCCGCACCUGACCCUGAGGGACCAGUGGGUUGCCUACGAUGGGGUGGACGAGGGUGUGAAGAAGGCACAGUAUUCCCGGCGAAUGGGUCUGGCAGGAGUCAUGGUCUGGGACACCACGAUGGACGACUUCCAGGGCCUCUGCGGCGCCGGCAGGAACCCACUCCUCACCGCCAUAUCACGGACUCUCAUGGGAGGACAGGGGCCGUCGUUUCCAGCGCGACCGGAGAUGAACAAUUUAACGUCUACGCCUGCUAGGCCACUAGUAGAAAGCUCUCCACAGACCACAGUUACUACUAGUAGUACCAUCAUAACAAAUGCUUCUCCUAGUACUGCUGCUGCUACUCACGACAACAUCAUCUUCCCCACGACGCCCUCCGGACUUCUUGAAACGUCUACUGUCUCGGAACCAGAACAGAUUCCGGUCAGCAUUAAUAUCACUGAAUGCAAGACGGUGGGCUACACGCCUGACCCUCAAAGCUGUUUCCACUUCUACCGCUGUGACCACACGAGAGCUUUUCGAUUCAGCUGUCCCGCCGGGCUACACUGGUACCAAGACCUGCUGCUCUGUAACUGGCCCUCACUAGGCUCCUGUGUGGUCUCGGUGGUAUCUUUCAUUCGCUCGAGGUUCAUCUUGCCUGAAGACGAGGACGAAGUGAUCGUUGAUGAAGCCACAGGAGCUCUAGGCUACUUCAGCUUUCGUCAGAAGCCUAUUCACACUCGCGAUAGCCUUGCUUCUCACCAGAUAUCAAACGCAUCUGAUACUUAUGUACUAAAGUAUCUGCAUAUUAGCGGGAGCCUCAGCGCCGCCGACUAUAUAACGGCGCGCGACUGGACUCUGAGGCACAGGUUCUCAGCAGUCGGAGAACUUCUAACUCUUCCUGUUGACCAAAUUCUGUUGGUAAUCCCGCGGGCAUCAUGGAAGUGCGGGGCGUUCAUGCUCUCGUUCUUGGUACUACUUUCGACGACUCCCGACGUGACUUCGGCUGUCGGGGACAAGGUCGUGUGUUAUUAUGCUUCUUGGGCACACUACCGUACUGGAGCCGCCAAGUACACGGUGGACGACGUGCCUGUAGAACUGUGCACUCACGCCAUCUACGCCUUCGCUGUCCUGGACGCCGACUCGCUCGUCGCCAGAGAGAGCAACACGUCCCUGGACAAGGCCGCCGAGCUCGACAACUACCGUCGUUUCGUCAGGUUGCGCGAACGGAAUCCGCAAGCCAAGAUGUUGCUCGGCCUGGGUGGCUGGACGGACUCUCGCAGCGACAAGUACUCUCGGCUGGUGUCGAAGCCGCAGCGUCGCGCCGCCUUCGUCAGCCACGUGGUCUCCUUCCUGCAGGAGUAUGGCUUCGACGGACUGGACUUGGACUGGGAGUACCCGGGAUACGAGAGUUCUCCUCAGGAUAAGGAAGGUUUCCGCCUGUGGGUGGAGGAGCUCCGCACUGCCUUCUCGCCCCGCGGCCUUCUCCUGACGGCGGCCGUGUCCGCGGUUAAGAAUAUGAUCGACCAGGGCUACGACGUCCCCGCCGUGGCGAAGGCGCUGGACCAGAUCCACCUCAUGAGCUACGACUUCCACGGCUCGUGGGAUGAGCAGGUCGCCCACCACGCCCCGCUGUUCCCCGCCCCCGGCCAGAAGAAGGAGCUCUCGGCUGACUUCGCCGUCAGGCACUGGAUCAAGAGGGGCGCGCCUGCGUCCAAGCUGGUUCUAGGCGUCCCCUUCUACGGCCAGUCCUGGACUCUUGCAGGCGCCAACGCCUCGAGCGGAGCGCCGGCUUCAGGCGAAGGGCGCCCUGGGCCUCUGCUCAAGGACAACGGAACCAUGGCGUACUAUGAGAUCUGCCAGGCGCACCAGCGCGACGGCUGGAAGAAAGUCUCCGGCCCAGACGGACCCCAUCUCACCCACGGAGACCAGUGGGUCGGCUACGACGAUAUUGCCGCCAUCAGGAAGAAGGCGCAGUACGCCCAACAGAAGGGCUUGGGAGGACUCAUGGUAUGGGACAUCACCAUGGACGACUUCCGGGGCGCCUGCGGCAUGGGCGCCAACCCACUCCUGUCAGCCAUAGCGAAGGUGCUACCGGACACAGCCGAGUGCAGGACCACCGGGUUCACCGCUGACCCGAGCAGCUGCUCCUUCUACUACCGCUGUUCCGACGACUCGACCCAUCGAAAGCAGUGUCCUAGCGGCCUCCACUGGCGGCAGGAGCACCUGACCUGCGACUGGCCCGACGCCGCAAGGUGCGCCUCGGCCUAAGGCGGUGGCGGCCUGACCACCGGGCGCUUCGGCGUCUUGCCUGUAGCCUCUCGGGCCCUGUCGUUCAGGGGCUCGUGGCAUUUACACGAGAAAGACUCCAAGACAUGCUUCACAUUCGAAGCGUGUAUUAGAAACUUUAUUAGAAACUUAUUUAUUGGCUUUAAUGUGUCAUCAUUCAAUCCAGCCAAUACUGUUUAUUUACCCAGGUACUUAGCUGUUAUGAAAAUGUAUCCCAGUUUAGUGUCUCCUGCUGCCAGGGUAUAUCACACUGCAUAUUUCUGAAUAAAUUUUUAGGGAAAAAAAAAUA